CCUACAGUCUGCGCUACGUCAGCAGUGGGACUGAAAGAUGGCGGUGUCCAUAGAAAAGUGCUUGAUUGUAGCAACUAGGUUAUUAAUAUUAACUUUAAUAUUUCACCUGGUUUCUGCGGACGUUGUUCAGAGCUCCCAGGACUCGCCACAUCGCCGGUUUGAAUACAAAUACAGUUUCAAAGGACCUCAUCUUGCGCAGAGCGACGGUACUAUUCCUUUUUGGGUGCACACUGGAAAUGCCAUCCCAAGCUCAGAUCAAAUCCGCAUCACCCCAUCUCUGAGAAGCCAGAAAGGGUCUGUGUGGACAAAAAACACAGCUGCAUUUGAAAACUGGGAGGUGGAAGUAACAUUCAGAGUGUCUGGCAGAGGUCGGCUGGGAGCUGAUGGGCUUGCAAUCUGGUACACAUCAGAGCAAGGGCUUGAUGGUCCAGUCUUUGGAGCAGCUGACCUAUGGAAUGGACUCGGAAUUUUCUUUGAUUCUUUCGAUAAUGAUGGGAAGAAAAACAACCCUGCUGUUCUUAUAGUUGGAAACAACGGAAAGCUAAUUUAUGAUCAUCAGAAUGAUGGUUCAACUCAAGCCCUGGGAACAUGCCUGAGAGACUUCCGAAACAAGCCCUAUCCAGUCAGAGCCAAAAUCACAUACUACCAGAAGUCAUUGACGGUUAUGAUAAACAAUGGCUUUACUCCAGAUAAGGAUGAUUAUGAAUUCUGUGCCAAAAUUGAAAAUAUGCAUAUCCCAAGGGAAGGGCAUUUUGGGAUUUCAGCAGCUACAGGAGGGCUGGCUGAUGAUCAUGAUGUGCUGUCCUUCUUGACAUUCAGAUUAACAGAACCAGGACAAAAACCGCCUCCUCCAGAAGCUGAAAUUCCUAAAGAAGAAAAGGACAAGUAUCAAGAGGAGUUCGAAAGCUUUCGACAGGAGCUUGACAAGAAGAAGGAAGAAUUUCAGAAAGAACAUCCAGAUGUCCAAGGAGAAGCUGUAGAGGACCUGUACGAGAGUGUGAAUGACAGAGAGAUUCGGCAGGUGUUUGAAGGCCAAAACAGGAUCCAUCUGGAGAUCAAGCAGUUGCACCGUCAGCUAAGCAUGAUUCUGGAUGAGCAGAGGCGAUAUGUGUCUGUGGUCACUGACGAGAUCAGCCGAAGGGGAGCGCAGGGACAGCCAGGACAGAUUCCCACUCAAGAACUUGACACAAUAGUUACAACGCAACAAGAAGUGAUGAAAAGCCUAAAUGAGAUCAGGGGUUCUUUGUCGGAUACAAUGAGACAAGUGGGCUCUGUCCAUAACCAAGGGAACUCAGCAGGAACCUAUGAGACUGUCCAGCACUUCAAUGACAUUAAGGAGCACAUUCAUUUGGUGAAAAGAGACCUUGACCAUUUAAUACAGCGUAAUGGGGGGCCAGGUGAAAAGACUAAAUGCCCAGACAUUCCUCCAUUCCCAUCAUGCCUUUCCACUGCUCACUUCAUCAUGUUUGUUGCGGCUCAGACGGUCUUGUUCAUUGGUUACAUAAUGUACAGAAGUCGACAAGAAGCAGCUGCCAAGAAGUUUUUUUGAUGAAAACCCCUGUUUAUCUGUGGAAAAAUCUAAAAAAAGAAUUGUGUGAAUGAUGUCAAUUUUUAAUUUUUUUCUCAAAAGUUAAAUUAUUGUACUUAAAGAAUAUUGGUGAAGACAAUUAUAAAAUUUUAAGUUCAAAAUAUUUUUCUUGGUAUGUUUGAUCAAAGAUGUACGUGAAGUUUUCAAAGAAUGUUUGGAAAUGUUUUGUUAAGGAUUUGUUUUCUCCUGUGUGUUAUGCUGUUAUAAUUCAGUCAGAUUUUCUUAUAGAAAUUGUCCAUUAUAACAAAAUUUGUUAACCACUGUCCAUACACGUAGCUUACAAAGCUAUGGUGAAUUCUAGAAAAAUGAAGCAGACAUAGAUGUUAUGUAAGCAGGUAUUACAUCUAAUGAAUUCUGUGAAUUGCUCUUGAGAAGUCCCAAAGCAGCAUUUAAAAUUAACAGCUGGUGGUUAGUUAUUUUGUUUUCUAAAUCAGUGCUAUUUUCAGGUUUCAACACAAUUCUUUACAUUUGCAUUGCAAUUUUUAAAAUGAGAAGUCAUAAAUAUCAGUUCAUAGAUCCACAAUUAACAAUUUAAAAUGAUGUAAACCUUUCUAUAGUUCAGCUAAAACAUUUCAGUUGAUGUAUAUACUAUAGCUGAAAUGUUUAAAGUAGAUUUUCUUUCAAAAGAACUUGAAUGGAACUCUUUAUUAGUCAAAUCAAAAAAGCGGAUUCUGCUAAACCAGGAUGGUAACUCUUGCAGAAAACUAAGCAAGUUUUUGACAGUGACUUGAAUUUUUUUCAGCUAUUUUUUGAUCUACAUUUGGAACAGCAUUUAGAACACAGAGAAGUGAAAAAAGACAAAACUGGAUUUUUUCAUGUGACCUUAUUCCGAGAGUUUCCAUUAAACCCUUUUUUGCCUGCUAGAGAUUCUUCGAUUUUACUGCUCGUUUAAGUUGCAACAGUAUGAACAAUUGGCUCCUGUCAGUGUUUUCAACAAAUAUACUGUAAAUUGGUAUUGUAGUCUUGAUUGUAUACACAUGAACUUUGAGUUACAGUGUGGGGUAGUGCAUAAAUUCCAAAGCGGAGUUUAAAACCUCACUUCUAGAAUGGAUAGGAAUGGUUCUUUGGUUUUCUGACUUUUCUUAGAGAAUUUUCUGCUGUUUUAUUUGCUCAAAUAUGUACGUACUUAGUUGUGCUCUGUAAAAUUUUGUAAAGAGCCUUGACUGCAGAGUUCUUCUCCAGUAUGAGUUCUGCAGUGGUGUUUCUCUGCACCCUCUUGAGUCUAAAUUUUGCAUCGCUGACACCUGCAUGUUUCUAAGAGCCCUGCUUGCACUGAGUGAACCUAAUAUGCAGACAGUCACGAAACUAGAUACAGGAAGGUCAGGUUAAAUCUGGUCCUGUCCAGGUAACUUUAACGCCUACUGCAUGUUUUUCACUCUCCAGUCCCAAAAGUAAAGUGGUUCCUCUGUGGAUGUAGCCAGAAGAAUACAUUUUAACUGGGAGUGAAGCGAUGCCUGACUUAACCUUUUCACUUCAUAUGCAGGGGAAAAACGCAAUCUUAGGUCACAUAUAAAGAACAUCUGUUUUUGAAUUGUCUUCUAAAUUCUUAAUUUUCAGAUAAGACUACAUUUUGAACCAUAAGACUUUUGAAUUCUAAAUAAAGCUGGAAACAGUAGUGGUAAAAUGUGUAGAAAAAAUACAAAAUAAGCUGCCUGUAAAGCCAAGGUAACUUUUACAACUUCUAAGUUGUGAGGUACAACAUUACAACUCAGGGACGAAGGCAUGGCAUCAGUGCCAUGUUCAGUAUAGUGCUGUAACGAUGCUCAGCUUGCAAGUGGUCAAACUCUUCGGUUAUCUCUGUUCUGUUCUCUCACCACUGCUUAAGUGUCAGUGAUUUCUGCCAUUACAAAGCUUUAUAAACUACCAUUAAAAAUAUUCCUUUUGAUUAGCCAAAUUGCCACUACCAGUAUUGAUAUUGAAGUUAAAGAUUGGUUCCUGUCUCUACGCUAUUGCUUACAUGCCUUCCUGUUUCUCUGUACUUUGAAAUUUGAGUACUGAAUGGAAUUACGUUUUAUGCUGCCAUCCCAGACAAUAUUUUUCUUUCAUCCUGGUUAUAAGAAAUAAAUGUUGAAAGUAAAUAUUGAUGUUAGUCAUGUUGUGCUUAUAGCUUUCUAUUAAAAUAUGCAUCAGUGCUGGUUUCCAUAA